AUGUGGCGUGGCCCUGGACAGGCUUGCCCCCAUUCCUGCGUUGUCCGUACAGCUAUGUCAGGAACGGGGAUGUUCCUUGACGGUAGGCCAGUUUGGGUGUUAGGCUAUCCUGUUGUGUUAGGGUCAAAGGCAUCUCUGUCAGUUGGUCAAACGUGGUGCCAGGUUGCACAGUCUCUAGUCCUUUUGUCAGGACCUUUGCAUUAUGUUCUUCCUCCUAGGCCGUCUCAGCCAAUCCCAAACCUUAUACGUGGGCCCGGGCCUAGGCCGGGGCCUUAUAUGGCCCCUGGGCUCCCCUCACUAGAUUCUUUCCAAACAAGCCCUAACGGUGAGAUUGCCUGCAUCAUAUAUGAUGAAUGCAUGUAUUUCACCGCAGCAGUGGCAAAGCAUCUGAAGCUUCCCAGUAUCAUCUUGCACACUAGCAGUGCUAUAAAUGAUCUGACUUACAACGCAAUUCCUGGGCUUCUUGAGGACGGUUACAUUUCUACACAAGCUUCAUAUGCAGAUCCUAUAUUGCUAGAACUAGUGCCGGGGCUUCACCCUCUCAGAUUCAAGGAUCUCCCUAUUUCCAAUUUCAAAAAUAUAAACGACUUGCUGCAGCUAAUAGCCAAAGCGCAUGAGACCAGAACAUCUGCGGCCAUCAUUUGGAACAAUGGCUACCUCGAAGGGAAAUCACUGGCACAGCUCCAGCAGACAAGCCAAGUUCCAUUAUUCGCGAUCGGCCCUUUCCACAAAAUAGCUCUGGCCAAAUCCUGCAGUAUACUGGAGGAGGAUACAAACUGCAUUGAAUGGCUAGAUAAGCAAGCAUGUAACUCUGUGAUCUAUAUAAGUUUAGGGAGUAUAGCAUCCAUGGACAAGAAAGAGCUAGCCGAAAUGGCAUGGGGGCUGGCUAACAGCCAGCAGCCUUUCCUGUGGGUAGUUCGACCGGAUCCAACAACUGCUUGUUCAGAAUGGAAAGAUCCACUUCCUGAAGGUUUCAGAGAAGCCAUUGGAGAAAGGGGUUGCAUUGUGAAAUGGGCACCCCAGAAGGAAGUGUUGGCACACAGUGCGGUGGGAGGAUUUUGGAGGCAUUGUGGUUGGAAUUCGACACUCAAAGGUCUCUGUGAAGGCGUUCCAAUGAUAUGCCAGCCAUACUUUGGAGAUCAGAGGGUGCAUGCAAGGUACUUGACCCAAGUAUGGAGAAUCAGACAGGAAUGGGGAGACAAUAUGGAAAGAGGGGAGAUAGAGCGAGCUGUAAGAAAGCUGAUGGUGGAUGAAGAAGGGAAGAAGAUGAGGCAGAGGGCAAUGCAUUUGAAGGAGAAGAGUGAUAUUUGCAUGUCGGAAGGUGGUGGUUCUUACAAUUCAUUAUAUGAGCUGGUAGGGUAUAUCCUGUCGCUCAAAAUUGCUUAGUCCUUAAAUCAGAAAGCACCUUAAUUUCCUAGCUCUCUCUGCUAAGUUAAUGGCAUUGGAUGUCAGAUGAAAACUACUGCGAUACUCUGUAUGAAAAUAAACAUAUGAAAUCAAACAGUCCUCCUGCUUCUGAA